CCCAAGCCCUCCUUAGCCAAUCAGGCGCCGCCACGCCUUCAGGUGUCAUUUUCUGGGCGAUGGCUUUGUUGUGAGGGAAGGAAGGCAGGAAGGCGGGGUGUCCUGGAUCAAGUCUGGUGGGCUUAGUGUCUAGAAGAUACAGUGGAAACUUGUGAGAACAUGGCACCUAGAAAUCAGAAGAAGAACGCGAAACGCAAGGAGCCAACUGUAACAAAGUCUGGCACGGAAAAACAGGUGUUUGGAAAGCAAAAGGGAAUGAAAACAAGACGCAGAACCCAAGACAAAAAAGAGAAGAGCUGCUCUUCCUUCCAGCAGGCUGAUCAUCCUGAAUCGCUGACAUCAGAAUCAAAUGAAACGGAGUGUCCAGACUGUGGGGAAAUGUGCAGAUGUCAUGCACAGUUAAACAUAGAUGCCUGUCAUCACAAAGGAGGUAAACCACAUAAAUGCAUGGAUUGUGGAAAGGGCUUCAGUCAGAAAGCAUAUCUGCAUAGACAUAAAAGAAUACACACAGGAGAGAAGCCAUACAAAUGCAUGGAAUGUGGAAAGGGCUUCAGUCAGAAAGCAACUCUACAGGUGCAUCAAAGAAUACACACAGGAGAGAAGCCAUACAAAUGCAUGGAAUGCGGAAAGAGCUUCACUGACGCUGGAUCGUAUAACAAACAUCUAAGGGCUCACACAGGAGAAAAACCAUAUAAAUGUCUAGAAUGUGGAAAGAGCUUUCGUAACGGUACAUACCUUUGUACACAUCAAAGAACACACACAGGGGAGAAACCAUACAAAUGCAUGGAAUGUGGAAAGGGCUUCAGUAGGAGUGCAGUUCUAUUUAUGCAUCAAAGAACACACACAGGAGAGAAGCCAUACACAUGCAUGGAAUGUGGAAGGAGCUUCAGUUGCAAUGGAAGUCUACGUACCCAUCAAAGAACUCACACAGGACAGAAACCAUAUGAAUGCAUGGAGUGUGGAAAGAGCUUCAGGCAGAAUUCAAAUCUCCGUGUACAUCAAAAAACACACACGAGUGAAAAACCGUACAAAUGCAUGGAAUGUGAGAAGAGCUUCAAACAAAGAGGACAACUACGUGUACAUCAAUACACCCAUACAGGGGAGAAGCCAUAUGAAUGCAUGCAAUGUGGAAAGAGCUUCAGUAAUAGGAGAGCAUGUAAUCUACAUCAAAGGACUCACUCAGGUGAGAAGCCGUACAAAUGCAUGGAAUGCGAUAAAACGUUCGGUUACAUUUCAAAUCUAAACACACAUCUAAAAACACACAGAGGAGAGAAACCAUACAAAUGCAUGGUAUGUGAAAAGAGUUUCAGUCGGACCUCUCAUCUGCGUGUACAUGAAAGAACGCAUUCAGGAGACAAACCUUAUAAAUGUAUGCAAUGUGGAAAGAGCUUUAGUCAGAAAUCGAAUCUACAAGUACAUGAAAGGACACACACAGGGGAGAGACCAUACAAAUGCACCGUAUGUGGAAUGGGUUUCUGUGAUAGUGGCUCAUGUAAUAAACAUCUAAGGACCCACACAGGAGAGAAACCAUAUGAAUGCGUGGAAUGUGGAAAGAGUUUCAGUUGUAGUUCAAAUCUACGUAUACAUCAAAGAACCCACACAGGGGAGAAACCUCAUGAAUGCAAGGAAUGUGGAAUGAGCUUCUCUAGUAGUAGCAGUUUGCAGUCACAUCAAAGAACCCACACAGGGGAGAAACCUUAUGAAUGCAUGGAAUGUGGAAAGAGCUUCUCUCAUCGUCAUGCUUUACGAACACAUCAAAGGACCCACACGGGGGAAAAACCAUAUCAAUGCAUGGAAUGUGGAAAGAACUUCAGCGACAGUGGACAUCUGCAUACCCAUCAUAGAACCCACACAGGGGGAAAACCAUAUAAAUGCAUGGAAUGUGGAAUGGCCUUCAGCAGAAGUGAACGUUUACAUUCCCAUCAUAGGACCCACACAGGGGAAAAACCAUAUAAAUGCAUGGAAUGUGGAAUGGCCUUCAGCAGAAGUGAACGUUUGCGUUCCCAUCAUAGGACCCACACGAGAAAAACCAUAUAAAUGCAUGGAAUGUGGAAAGGCCCUCAGAAAAAAGUUGACCAUAUAAUAACAUCUAAGGACUCACAUGGGCAUAACCACGUGAAUGUCUAGAAUGUGGAAUUAAAUUCAGUGGAAAUAUUUGUUCACUUA